GAGAUAUUGUUAAAGCAUACGAAAACCUUUGCAUACACAUGGUUCAAUUUGCAAGCUCAGAAGAGAAAAUAUUUUAAAAAAUUUGACAAAAAAAUUUCACUAAACGACGAAGAACAAUCUAAAUUGGAACUACAAAGUGAAGCUAAGAGUGUCCAAGAUAAAUGGCUCUUGGGACUGAUAGGAAAGAUAUUAAAAGACAUACAGUCAGAGGAUAGAGCCGACCUGGUUAGGUGUAUUUCAUCUGGGGGUCAAUAUGGCGGCUGUAUUCGAAGCCAGCCCGACCAUCAGGGUAGGAUGAGAAGGAUCGACUGUUUGAGACAGUCAGAUAAAAUUUGGCGGCUUGAUCUUGUGAUGGUUAUUUUGUUCAGGGCUGUGCCGCUAGAAAAUACGGAUGGAGAGAGGGUUGUUCGAACUUCAACGUGCAAGAGGGCGCUAUGUAUUAAUCCCCAUCACAUAUUAGUUGAGUGUCGAGAACUUGAUCUAUUUAUAGCCCUCAGGCUGCCUAUGCCGUUGAGUUAG